GAUUGAAGCAGCUCGAUGCCCAGAUGUGGUCGUGGCACAAAUAGACCCCAAAAAAUUGAGAAAGAAGCAGACAGUAAACAUUUCAAUUUCCGGAUGUCAGCCUGCUCCUGAAGGAUACUCUCCAACGCUCAAGUGGCAGCAGCAGCAAGUGGCCAAUUUCUCAGCUGUCCGUCAGAGCCUGAACAAGCACAGAAAUCACUGGCGGUCACAACAUCUGGACAGCAAUGUUACUAUGCCAAAAUCAGAGGAUGAAGAAGGCUGGAAGAAGUUCUGCCUGGGUGAAAGAGUAUACUCAGAAAUAGAUGUACUAUCUGAUAAUGAAAAUCUAGGAAUUGAUUACAUAAAGGUUGGCUUUCCCCCUUUGCUAAGUAUUGUAAGCAGAAUGAAUCAGGCAACAGUAACCAGUGUCUUAGAAUACCUGAUAAGCUGGUUUGGAGAGAAAAAAUUUACUCCAGAACUGGGUAGAUGGCUUUAUGCACUGUUGGCAUGCCUUGAAAAACCUUUGCUACCUGAAGCUCACUCCCUUAUUCGACAGCUAGCAAGACGAUGCUCAGAAGUCAGAGUACUAGAGGAGAACAAGAAUGAAGAACAAAUAUCAGCUCUGAACUUGAUAAUCUGCUUAGUUAGCAGGUACUUUGAUCAACGUGACUUGGCUGAUGAGCCUUCCUAGACUGUUUUGAGACUGUCAGGUAUUUUGCAUUGCCACAGUACAAACAGCAUUAUCAGAGUUAACAGCAAGACACUGCACUGUUCAGACCUGAAAUACUGAACAGUCCCUUCAGUCACGAUAAUGCAUUUGGGACAGCUAUGAAUAACUGAAGCUGAGCUUUAGCAUAAAUUGUCAAUGUCUCCAACACCAUCAUCAUCACCAUAAAAUGGUCAAUGAAGCAUCUGGCAUCAUCUCUCAAGCUACUAUCUCUGUAAACUACACUAUUGGUUAGAAAUUUCUACCAUCUGAGUAACCUUGUGGAGACUGCUAUUAGGUGAAGUCUGAGGUUACAUUACAAAUGAUUGUUCUUUAUUUAACACACACCUAUUGAGGGCUUUUAUAAUAAAACUGAAGCGUUUUAAAGAGUGUUCUUAAACAUUGUGGCUUUUCUCAUUCUUCAUGCUACUUAACAGCAGCCUUACCAUAGAAAUCUACACAGCUAGGACUGAAUGUGUUUUUUCAAGCUUUGUUUCCUGAGCUUAAGAACUGCUAAGCAGUUCCAACUGUAGCCAGUAAGUUACUGAAACAGAUUUUAGUAA